GUGGCCAGAGGAGACGCGGCGGCGGGUGGAGGCCGAGCCGCUGAGGUCUACGAGGGGAGGAGCCCGAACCGCCGCCGCUAGCGCCGCCGCCGCCGCCGCCGCCCGACGAGAGCAUGUCUACAACUCGGGCCAAGAAAGUGAAGAUGGCCACCAAAUCCUGCCCCGAGUGCGACCAACAGGUUCCUGUUGCAUGUAAAUCAUGUCCCUGCGGUUAUAUAUUUAUCAGCAGAAAACUUUUAAAUGCAAAACAACCAGAGAAAUCACCUUCUACAGAAAACAAACAUGAGGCGAAGAGGAGACGAACAGAGAGAGCUAGGCGAGAGAAGAUAAAUUCUACAGUUAAUAAGGAUUUAGAAAACAGAAAGAGGUCUCGAAGUAACAGCCAUUCAGAUCAUAUCAGACGAGGAAGAGGAAGACCUAAAAGUGCAUCUGCCAAAAAACAUGAGGAAGAAAGAGAGAAACAGGAAAAGGAAAUCGACAUCUAUGCCAACCUCUCUGAUGAAAAGGCUUUCGUGUUUUCAGUCGCUUUGGCAGAAAUAAAUAGAAAAAUUAUCAAUCAAAGACUUAUUCUCUGAUACUUGUCUGCAAGAAGUGCUUCCUUCAGGAUUACAUCAGCAAAUUCUUAAACAGUUAAGGACUCUCAGGAGCAUUCUGACUGCAUCAAUACGGCCAUUGAUAUAUAUCUCCCCUGCCCCCAUCAUUUAGCCUUUGCCACUCAUUGGGAGCAAAGCUGGCUUAGACUGUUUUGAGAUUUCCUUGUUUGCCAAGGAGAAUUGUCAGUGUUUUGUGUUGGAAUAUAAGUUAGUAUAUUUACCAAAAAAAAAAAAAAAGAAAAGAAAAAAUAAAAAGAAACCAAUGACUGUUAAAGGAUAAAGGAGUGGGACUGGGAAUAUGAAAACUAGGGAAAAUAUAUACUUGAUAGUUUUCAGGUUUGCCACCAGAGAUGCAAUAUUUUAAAUACUUUCAGAAAGAGUUACUUUUAAAUAUAUAUAUUCAGAUUUUCAGCACUAACAGAUUGCAUAUAUAAUUAAUUUACUUUUAAUUGGCAAUUAGUAUUUUAUUGAAUGGGGAAUUAAGAAUAUAAAUGAUAAAUUUUGUCUUAAAUUUUUUUCUUGGCCUUUAUUUUUAUGACUUAAGGUAUUAGUUAUAUUUUGGGUGAUUCUUUCUAGACAGUUUGGAAGUUUGGGUGCUAUAUAAAGAAAAACAUUUAAGGAUAUAUCAUACUUCGGAUAUAAACACAUUGUUUUUUUGAAUGUAAUUUAUUUAUUGGUAAAAAAAAAACUCUCAAGAUGGUGCCUGUUAACCUAAACAUAAGAUAUAUUUAUUACAUGAAAUAUUUCUUAGGUAGCCACUUUUAAACAGUAAUGUUUAUCUGAAUGGAUGUUCAUUUAUACACCUUGAUAAUUAUUUAAAUUGUUACUUAACCUCACUCUGGAAGGAAAAAUAAAAUUAAUAUUGAAACUGAC